AUGUCCGCGCUUCCCCUCGCCCGCGCGCACCAGCUUUGCGCGCCACUCAUUCCGCCAUGCCUUUCUUCUCCCCCAUAUCUCCGCUCCGCCCCGCUACCGCCGCUCUCCGCCAUCCCCGCGAGUCCGCUCUGCCGUCGCCGCACUCCGCUCGCCCCUCUCCGCGGGGCGGCCAGGCGGCGCGCGAUCGCGCUGAGGGCGCAGGCGGCGGCAGGCGCGGAUGAGGGGAAGGAGUCGAGGGGCGGCGGCGUGGGCGAGCGAAGCAGCAGCGGGGUGAAGCGCGUGGUGGUUCUCGGCGGGAGCGGGCGGGUGGGGCGGUCGACGGCCGUGGCGCUGGCGGCGCUGGCGGCGUCCGACGACGAAGCGACGCGCGCGGAGUUCCGACUGGAGCUGAUCAUCAGCGGGCGCAACAGGUGCGCGCCCGCCCGGAAUGGCGCACUCUGCGCGUGGCGCUCUGUGCGAAGCUCCGUCAGUGCUGCGCCGUCCUUGCGUGUGUACAUGCGCGCAUGGGUGCAUGUGCCCCUCUCCUCGCUGCCUGCCGCCAUGUGCGCCCCUUCCCAAAUCUCCACUCAUUCCUUCUCCCCUCAUUCGUCCCCCCACACCCCACCCACAUCCCACCCACACCCCACCCGCCCACCACUGUCUUCAUGCGUGCGUGCAUGUGGGGGCGCAUCGGUACCGCCACGACCGAGGCGAGGCAGGGGGAGGGGCGAGGCGGUGUGUGAGGAGGUGAGGGCGGCAGCGGGGGCGGCAGGGAGUGCGACGUUCAUAGAGUGCGACAUCUCCGACGCCUCUGCACUUGACGCGCUCCUCACAGGAGCCGACCUGGUGGUGCACUGUGCAGGGCCCUUCCAGCGAGAACCGCACUGCACCGUUCUGGAAGCAGCCAUCCGCACCAAGACGCCCUACGUGGACGUGUGUGAUGACGUGGCGUUCGCUGCCAACGCGCGGUCGCUGCACGGGGCUGCGGUGGCGGCGGGUGUGCCGGCCAUCACCACCGCCGGCAUCUACCCGGGCGUCAGCAACUUGAUGGCAGCAGAGCUGGUGCGGCUAGCGGGGGAGGAGGGGGCGCGCAUGGAGGAGCAACAAGGCCAGCAGCAGGCCGCCCUCGGCCUUCGACCAAAGAGCCUGCGGUGCCACCACUCUCUCACUCACUCACACGCUCAUUCACUCACGCACACACUCAAAUGGUCCUUCAUUAAUUCGCAACGGUGUUACUCACUCACUCACCCACCUGCACCCACCAAGCUCCAACUUCACCAUAUCGUGUCGUUUCGCCCACCUGUCUCCUCUCCUGCUCCGUCGCAUUCCCUCCACCCACUCCCCCCCCCCAUGCACUUCGCUUCUCUUCUCAUCCGCCCCACAAAAAACCUCCCUCCAUUCUCUUCCCAGCUUCUCGUAUUUCACAGCGGGCACGGGAGGGGCGGGUCCCACCAUUCUGACCACGAGCCUGCUGCUGCUGGGCGAGCCUGCCACGGCCUUCAAGGACGGGCAGCGCCUGCAGCUGCCAGCGUACAGCCGGCAGCGUCUGGUGGACUUUGGGCCGGGCGUGGGGGAGAGAAGCACGUACCUGCUGCCGUGCUGCAGGACCGCAGGGCAGUGCAGCGAAUGGUGGGUGCGUUGGAGCCGCUGGUGCGCGCCGCUGAUGGCAGCGCGGGGGAGAGGGUCGCCAUGCGGGUCGAUUUGGAUACCGAGAAUGGUCGCUCCACAACGGCUCUGUUCUCUCACCGCCGCUUAUCAGUGAGUGUGGGUGUAGCCACAGCAGCGUUUGCUGUCGCUCUGCUGGAAGGCACGUCCCUGCCAGGCGUGCACUACCCCGAACAGGUUGAGGCGAUCCCAGUGGCGCAGCGAGAGAAGCUAUUGCAGCGUGCCGCUCUGGGCGCACGGUUCUUUGCCAUCAACAA